ACAGGGGAAGGAGACCACAAAUGUGUCUCACUCUGACAGGGACCCCAGAGAACUGCAGCUGAGGAGUAACUUUGUGGAAGUAGGGUGGAAAGGGAGCAGAGGAGAAAUGAGAGAGGAGUUAACAACAGCAGAUGUUACCAGAGAGGAAAACCUGUGUGGAAAACGAGAGCUGUUUGCAGAGGAGAGUGCAGAGCAUUUAUCACCGGUGCAGGCAGACGUAUAACAGAUGUGCAGCACAGAAAUGAGUGGAUUGCAGGUUGUGGACUUGGAAACUGUCCUCAGCAUAGGAUGGAGCCACCUUUUCAGGUUUACCAAGAAUCUUUCUCCAGACAAAAUCAACCUGAGCACACUGAAAGGUCAGGGGCAGCUGACCAACCUGGAGCUGGAUGAGGAGGUGCUGCAGAAUGUGCUGGAGCUGCCCACCUGGCUCGCCAUCACCCGGGUCUACUGCAACAAGGCCUCCAUCAGGAUCCAGUGGACGAAGCUGAAAACACACCCAAUCUGCCUGUACCUGGAUAAAGUGGAGGUGGAGAUGAGGACGUGUGAGGAGCCUCGGCCGCCCAAUGGACAGUCCCCCAUCGCUCUUGCUGCUGGACAGAGUGAAUAUGGCUUUGCUGAGAAGGUCGUGGAGGGGAUGUUUAUUGUUGUUAAUUCCAUCACCAUCAAGAUUCACUCCAAGGCCUUUCACGCUUCUUUUGAGCUGUGGCAGCUCCAGGGCUACAGUGUCAACCCCAACUGGCAGCAGAGUGACCUGCGCCUCACCCGCAUCACAGACCCGCAGAGGGGAGAGGUUCUGACGUUCAAGGAACUCACCUGGCAGACCCUGCGGAUAGAGGCAGACGCCACAGACAAUGGUGACCAGGAUCCUGUCACUACUCCUCUGAGACUCAUCACCAACCAGGGGAGGAUCCAGAUCUCUCUGAAGAGAAGGACCAAAGAUUGUAACGUGGUGGCCUCCAAGCUGAUGUUUCUGCUGGAUGACCUGCUCUGGGUUCUGACAGACUCUCAGCUGAAAGCAAUGAUGAAAUAUGCUGAGUCUCUGAGUGAAGCCAUGGAGAAAUCUGCUCAACAGAGGAAAAGCCUGGCACCAGAGUCUGUACAGAUCACUCCCCCUGCUCCCAGUGCCCAGCAGUCCUGGGCUCAGCCCUUUGGAGCCAGCCCCAAUGCCAGCAGCAUCGGGCAGUACUUCGACAAGCACGACAUGAAGGAGUCCUCCUACCACCUGCUCAUUUCCCGCCUGGACCUGCACAUCUGUGACGACAGCCAUGCCCGGGAGUCAGGUGCUUUGAAGCACGGGAUGCUGGGUGGUGCCAUCCAGCUGACCUUCAGGAGGAUGGCUUUUGAUUAUUAUCCUUUCCACAGGGCAGGAGAUGCCUGCAAGCAUUGGGUGAGGUACAGUGAAGCAAUGGACACUCGGGGACAGUGGGCAAAGAAGUUGGUCGGUGAAUUUCAAAGCCAGAUGGAGAAGCUUUAUGAAGAAACAGACCUUGUGUUUGCCAGGGCUCCACUUUCCCCUUUCAAAAGGAAACCAGACCCUCCCCAGAGUCCCCAGAAGAGCCCCCCAGAGAAGGGCCGGGCUCCUCCCACGAGUCUCCCACGGCUCCGGCACCCGCCCUGGCACCGGCUGCGCUCCAGCUGCCUGGUAGUGCGGGUGGAUGACCUGGAUGUGCACCAGGUCUCUACAGCUGGGCAGCAAAGUAAGAAACCCUCCACCUUGCUUUCCUGUAGUAGAAAAAUCUUCAAACUCCCUGAUCAGGUCUCUGCAAUCCAUAUUGAAUUCACAGAAUAUUACUUCCCAGACAAUCAGGACUUUCCAGUUCCAUGCCCAAACCUGUACAUGCAGCUGAACGGCCUGAUGCUCACCCUGGACACACCGAGUGUGCUCUGGAUAAACCUCUUCUGCCUGGAUCUGUGUCGCAGCCUGGAGCAGUUCAAAGCCACCUACAAGCUGGAGGACUCGGGCAAGCGGGAUGAGCACGUGGAUGUCCGGCUGGAUGGCUUCAGGCUGAAGGUCAGCAUCCCUGUGGAUAAGAAAGUCACAGAGCACCGGGACCGGCCGCAGGCCCUGUGUGUUUGCAUGUCAGAGGUGACAGCCACCAACACCCGCCAUGCUCCCUCCUGCAGCUGCCAGGACCUCCAGAGCCUCUUCCGUAAAUUCACGGGGUCAGAGUUCUUCCACUCCAGCUAUGCCAAGUUCCCACGGGCGCAGGAUAGGUUCAGCCUCCUGCACACCCUGUUCCUGCGCCACGCCUACCAGGUGGAUGACAGACCACUGAGGCACCCAGGCUUUCCCCAGCUGCCUCACAAAACCUCUGCCUCUGAGGAUCUGUGGUCUCUGAAUUUCAGUGAGCUCUCCCUGGGCUUUGAGGGAGCUGAAAGCUCCAAGGGCAGAGCCCUUAGCUUUGUUGACCCUUUUCCCCUUUCCAUAUGGGCCUGCCUGCCCAAGAGGUGGAGGCAGGCUCAGAUAUCUAAACGACAGGAACUGGCCACCUCUGAGGUGAAAAUCAAGCCUUCUGCCAGUUUUAGCAACCACUCCAAGAACAUCAGCCUCUCCAGAGAACACAGUGUUUGUCAAAGAUCAAAGACUGACCAGGAUCUGAAGAAUAUCUAUAAGGCUCCAGACACGAUGGAUGUCUUGGGAGAAUCUGACUGCGAAGUUGAUGACGGAGUAGACAGUAAGGAGCUGGAAGCCUCUGCUGAUAUCCAUGUGCUCGUGUCCUCCUCUGUCCAUGUCAAAGUUCGCCUCAACCACUACCAGUACUUGGUGCUGCUCAGGAUGAAGGAAGUUCUGCAAACACUACAGGAGCAGCUGGCCCAAGAUACCCAGGAAAUUACUGGGUCUCCUUUAGAUCCCAUGUCUGCUUGUGUGGGAGUUUUGUUCCACAGUGCUGAGGUGGCCCUGCUCAUGACCCCUGCUCCAGGGUGUGUCAUGGAACCCACAUCCCUGGAUUCAGAUACAACCAGCCUGAUCGAGUCCGAGCUCUCUCCCUCAGACAGCAAGGAGGGGCUGGCAGCUGAGGAGAAGGAGCUGAAAUCAGAGAGCAGUUCGGAGAAGGGCUUAGGCAGCACUUCAGAGCUCCCAGAGGACAGCGGGAUGCAGGAUAUGGGUGCCAGUGUCCCGCAGGAGAGGCUCCCGAGAUCCGCCAGCGACGGAGCCCUGAGCGCAGCUCCCCGCGGUAAGGGCGCAGAGCAGAAAGGCCUGAUAGAGGAGGCGCACGAAGCUGUGGAAGCCCUGGCUGCAGAAGGACCAACAGAGACCAGCAGCCACCCUCAGAGCCCCCCUGCUCUCCCUUCCAGCCCAGCCUCGGACGCGCAGCCCUCGGGCAGAGGAGGCACCGCCCUCAAUGGCCAGGCAGAGCUCAUCCCACUGCGGAACAUCGAGGUGGAGCUCUCCAGUGCACUGCACAUCACCAAGGACGCCACAAAGGAAGCUCUGCACGUGACCAUGGACCUCACCAAGGAGGCCAUGUCCCUCACCAAGGAUGCCCUGAGCCUGAGUCGGGACAAGAUGACCUCCACCAUGCAGAGGAUGCUGUCACUGCCCCCAGCCAGGGAUUCUGUGCCCAAAGCAGAGGAAGGAGCAGUGACCCCAGGCGGGGCAGGCAGCAGCCGGAUGCGUUUCUUCUCCAUGAAAAGGACCUCAUCCCAGCAUUCCUUUGACACCACAUCUGUGGAUGGGAGUGGCCCUGAGGACGGGCUGUCCGUGGACAGUGAUGGCAGUGAUGGCUUUGUGAUGCUCACAGACUCUGAACCCAGCCUGGAUCCUCUUUCUUCAGGGCAGCUUCCCCAGGCCCACAAUGACACGGGCAGCAGAAGCAGCCUGGUGGCAGAGGACGAGGGUGGAGUGUCCCCUGAGGUGAACAGCUCCACGUCCCAGAGUGAAGACCCCAGUCUGCAGCUGGUGUCUGUUCUCGUACUGAAGAUGAAUGAUGUGAACUGUGCAAUAGAAGUACAAGGAGAUGAUUUGUCUGUGGCUUUACAAGUGAUGAACAUGGUUCCAGAGCAGCUGAACAAUGUUGGCAUGUGGAAGUUCCUGCGUGGCUAUGUGGCUCUAGGAGAUCCAGGUGUGGAGAAGCCUGCGAGCCCUGAGCCCAGGCAGCCCCAUCCCGAGGUGUGCCUGCGCCUGGAGUCGGGUCCAUGCGCGGCCGCUCACUCGCCACUGGCUGAGCGCAACGGCUUCCUCCGGGUGCUGCUCCACAGCCGCUCCACAGAGCUCUGCAUGUCCUGCCUCACCAGCCUGGGACCCUUCCUCGAGGAUGAAAUCAUCCCAGAGGUGAUCCCCAUGGAGAUAGAGGUGGUGGAUGCCAAAAUCACGUUGAAGGAUGACAGCCCCCCAGUGUACCCCACCUCCCCUGGCCCUGUCCCAAUCACCUUGGCAAUGGAUCACGUCGUGGUGAGGCGCAGGGAUGACGGCAUCUUCUAUCUCACAGCUUCCCAGGGGAAGGACUCAGUGAAACAGGAAAAACCUGUGUCAGUCCCUGAGGAGCAGAAGGCCCCAUCAGAGUCUGUUUCACCAGCCCCAACAGGAGGAGCACAUGGGCUGCAGCUCAAGCAAGUGCCAGAGUUGCAAAGGGAGCUCCAGACCAUGAAACUGGCCCUGGCAGAAGCCAACAUGGACAAGGCUCGCCUUCUUCAGGAGAUCAGGAAGUACAACCCCCUGUUCCAGCUCUGACAGCGCCGGCACUGCCGGGGACAGGGGACCAGCACCAGCAGGGCAGGUUUGGUCAUUUCGCUGCCAAACAGGUCCAGCUCCAGGGCUGAAAGCAGCUGUGACUGCAGAGGACUGGGGAGAGGGAGGGAGGGGGCCUGGCUGAGACAAAUCGGAAGAAUGAGGAGGAGUUUGCUCUCUUCUGGCCUGGGAGUGCUGCACUGAGCCAGGGCAUGGUCAGCCCACAAACACCAGAUCAGGUGUUGGGGGACACCCCAUGUCCCCUCAUCUGGGGGUGGCUUUCAGCCUCCAGCUUUUGUGGUGACAUCUGGAGAUGGUCCAUGUUGGGGUUUCUGCUUCUUUUACCCUUCCUUGUUGUGUUCUUGCCCAGCUGUGCUCACCAGGGGCCACAGCAGGAGCAGGUUGAUCGCUUCAGCACCUGGGCAGUGACAGGACAGGAGUGGCAGAAGGGUCAGGGCUCUCCUGGGAGAGCAGGGCUGCUGUCACCUGGAAACAGAGAUGGGAUUUCCCACUAUGGAAUGAGGGCACACAGCUCACUGUCCCACAAGAGGGUCAAGAUAGUACAGAAAUUUCUUCAGAUUCCCUUUUCCACCAAUAAUUCCUUGUGUAGAAAUGGAUGCAGUGUAUAAGACUUAGUCCAGUUUAUUCCCACUUAAUCCCAGUGUUCAGCUUUAUUGAAGCAGGCAUUAAUUCCUUACAAGGCACUGUGUAAAUUCCAAGUUUACUAUCAAAGAAUAGGGUGAGGGAGGUUGGUUCAGUCUCAGGAGAUGACCUGGGUGAUUUUUGGGAUGCACCCUGUCCUCAGUUCUUUGUGUGCCCAAGUUCCCCCAUGGGGAGGGGGAGCAGCCGUAGCUGCUGAGGAAGGAGCUGUGGGGUUUUCAGCACUGGGUGGUAUCUUUCAGCAGGGCUGAGGGGCACCAGAACCACCUGCCAGCCCUGAUCACAAAAGGAAAACACUGGAACACAGCCGUGUGGAGCAGCUCUGUGUGAGCAUUGCUGAGAACUGCCCAGAGCCUGCAAGCAGCAGUUGGAUUUUGGUUCACCAAACCUUUGUGCAGCUCCCUCUCCCUCUGGGGAGCAAGAGCUCUCAGAACUUCUUGCCUGAGGUGGAAUGCCACAUUAUUCCUGCUUUUUUUUCAUUAAUUGCUUGAAAAUGGGAGGUUUCUCUCUUCUGCUUUUUCAAAUUUUCCUAUCAUUUUGUGUGAGUAUGGGAAGGGUGUGCCAAGGGUUUGCCCAGCCCUGCUGCCCACCUGCAGGGUCCCACAGCUCCUCCCGUGUGUGCAGGCAGCGCACAGCUGGGGCCAAGUUGUUUACAGCAAAUUCCUUGCUCCAGCAACUUCAGUCAGUGGGUUUUGUUGAAGAAUUCAAGCCUUUCUUUUGCUCUGAAGAAUCAGAAAAAAGGACUGUAACCCAAAAUCCACACACAUGGGAGGACAAAACCUCUUGGAUCCCCACAGAUUGUAAAUAUCAAAGUUUACUUUAUGGAGCCUCUUAUUUAAGGAUUCUUCCUCUGUUCCAGGGAAAGCCCAGGGAGUCCUGCCCAGCACAGGUGCUGUGGGAGAGCACGUGACCUCAGCACCUCUCACAGUCAGGGUCAGGAGAAACUCCCAGGGCCCCUGGAAGGGGACAGAGAUGUGCAAGUCUGAACUUGAAUUUGAAUUUUAGGCAGUAUUGCAACUUUGCUGCAGUUUGUUUCCACUGAUGCAUUUAUUGGUUCUGUGAACCAGGAGCAAAAUUAAACUCAUUAACCUCCUUC